AUGAUGGUAACCUUGUUAUACCACAUUGGGGGUAGGCGUGUAAUUGGUCACGGUGAUUGCAAAUAUGAAGGAGGGGAGUUGAUUCAAGCAGAGUAUAUAGACCCAGAUGAAAUCAAUCUUAUGGAUUUAAUGGCUGUUUUACAUCAAGAAGAGAACCACAAGAACAAUUUCAAGCUAUAUUAUAAGGAACAAGCUGAAAGUGGAGUAAAUGGGUUUGUUCUUAUUGUGAAUGACGAUAGCAUAAGGUCAUUGCUGCAUUCGUAUGAUGGUAAGGAAGUAUAUGAUAUAUAUGUUGAAGUGGAAGAUGAGGCUGCAGCAAAGGCGACAAAAUCGAGAUUUGAAGAACAUACGGAAGACCUUGAAACACCUCACUCAGAUGACGAUGAAGACUCAGAGUAG